AUCCAAGCACCCUCUCCUCUUUUUUACUUGUUCCAUCUUUUCUUUAUUUAAAUUCUUUCUUUCUUUCUUUUGAAUUCUACAUUUUUAAAUUUUUUUUGCACAAAAUACAUACAUCGACAAUAAUAUCACAAGAACAUGUCCCCACGCACGACUAGCGGUCCGCGGCGCUACAAGCUGCGGGUCAACUUUGUCGGCCUCGAUGCCUACGACAGGGACGAGAAUGUCCUACCCUACCGCAAACUAAUAUACAUUGCGUACGAGAACGAGAGCAUUCGCAACGUUUGUGAAGGCAUUAACACGUUGUUUGCCAAGCUUUAUCCAGAAGACGGACACAACAAGGUGGUUCGUCUGCGCGACUCCUUCAUGUGCGACGUUUCUGACGACUUUAUUGUCUCUGAGGUUUUCGAUGAGAGCCCCGAGGUGUAUGCAGCAAUGAAGGAGCUAUCGGUGUCGGACGAUCUCCCGGAAUCCGCGUUACUUAGCACCUCGAAUGACCACCAGAGGAUUGCGGUCCGGCCGAAGCGAAAGCGCUACAUACUUACUCCCUGUCGGGACAUGGUCCCGCUGCUGAUAGACAGGCGAGAAUCAAUGCCGCUCGAGGUGGCUGCUAGGAACGGAUGCAGCCCGGAUGGCAUUGUGAGAUCAACAGAUAGGCCAAAGAGGAUUCGUCUGGAUAGCUCUUCGUCCAAGAUGACCAACCAGCGCAGAUAUGGUACCGAAAGCCCGGAGCUCGGGUCGUUUGGCGAUAAGCACGAGUUUACCAAUGUAUUAGUUUCCGCAGCUACAUCUGCCGCUGCGUUGGGAAUCACAUCUCGCACAAAUGUGAUCAAAAACAGCCUGCCUGGCACUGGAAGACCCGGGAUUUUGAUCAACCGGGAUUCACAUGUGUUUUCGGCAAUUGCUCCGAGCUAUAUCUCCGGUGUUGGUCUUGACAUUGUCGGUGGAACGCCGCACUCCGAGGCGAUGAGCCCCGAGCUUGGCCAGCAUAUUUAUCAAUUACAGAACCCCCACCCAGAGGCAGAACUGAAUCCCAGUGUCAAUGAGGAGCCAUCUAGCGAGCAGGCAGAUGGGGUUGAUAGCCGCAACGACAACGAGCCACCUGCGCACAACGCAGCAGUCACAUCACCGCCAACUACGAGGAGCAGCGCCCGGCUCGCCAAAAACCAAACUAAAGAUCUGGUCAGCACUACUCCCGCGGCUUCUAAGCUGACGGAAAAGGCUGCCGUUAAACCCAAGCCUGAGCUUGAGGCCGAUGCUGAUUCUGAUUCGGCGCAAAUGGACGCCGAGUCUGUCGCCCCGACCAGCACUGCCAACACGGAAAUUGCAGCUGCAGCUACGGCUGCUUCUGCCACGCCGAGCUCUGACGUCACAGGCGAGGGGGAGAAGUCCGGUGAGGCAGAGUCCAGCGAUGGCAGUGCUAUGGAAGUGGACGAUGACAAUGUCAAAGUCAAGGUUGAUGCCGAAGCUGACGAGUCCAGCGACGAGGAUAGCGGGUCCGACGAUGAGGAAGAGUCUAGCGACGACGAGGCUGCCGAAGAAGAUGUUAAGACCGAGCCUGGCGUAGAAGCUGAAGGGUCCAGCGAGGAGGAGGAAGAGGAUGAGGAGGAGGAUGAGGAGGAGGAUGAGUCAAAUGAAGAGGAUGCCGACAAGACUACUGUCAAGAUUGAGCCCGGCACUGAAGUCGAGGUCGAGGAGGGAGAGUCUGACGAAGGGUCUGAUGGAGAAUCUAGCGGCGAAGAGGAGGCCGGUGUGGCUGUCGUAAAGACCGAGCCCGAUGUUGAGGAGGAAGAGGAGGAGGAGGGAGAAUCCAGCGAGGACGAAGAUUCCGGCGACGAGGAAGAGUCCAGCGACGAAGAGGCCGACGAGUUUAUUGUCAAGGCCGAGCCUGGCGCCGAGGAGGAGCAGGGGGAGGAGGAAGAAUCCGAGGAAGAGGAGGCGUCUGGCGACAAUGGGGUGGUGGUCGUCAAGGUCGAGUCUGCUGCAAACUCCAUUUCAGUUGCAGAUUCUAAGGCGAACGAGGACGAAGCGGAGUCAUCUGACGAAGAAUCCGGCAGCGCAAGCGAGUCCAAUUCGGGCGAAUCGGAUGAUUACAGCGACUCUGACGGCGACACUGAAUCCGAGACUGAAUCCGAACUUCGAGCAAGUGUCAAGUCCAAGGUCACCAGCAGUGCUGGAGCCAGUGACAACAAGGAUGCCAUCAGCGUCAUCAAGGGCAAGCUUGCGGAGCACAUGUCUGUUGCUGCGCCGCAAACACCAGUGCAGUCGAAGCAGCGGCCGCCGGCGCUCGAUGCGAGCAAAUUCUUGACUCCCUCGAAAAAAUUGGACAACGCAGUCCCCGACACACCCAUCAGCCCCUCGCGGCGCAAAAUACAUUUGCGGAAGCCCUUGGCGGUUGAAAAUGAAUCUGACAGCUCCGACUCCGACUCCGACUCCGACAGUCAGCCCCGCAAGCUGGCCAAGUUGCCGAUCCUCGGCACUCCCAUUACUGUGCGGAGGAUCAGCGGCGUGUUGGAGCUGGCCAAGACGCAGAGGGUUGGGCUGGGAAGAGAGGGUUCUGGUAUCAUGUCGAUCAGCCAGAUGGCCAAGGAGAAGCCAUACGAUGAGAUGCGCAAGAAGAUGGCCAAAAUCGCGGCCACCCGGGUCACGUCGAGUUUGCAGAGUACGCCUGCAGCUUCGGCCAAAGCGACGCCUCAGCAGACAAGGGAGCCGUCGCCCGAAAAUGAGAGCGACAGCGACUCGUCGUCAUCCAGCAAUUCCGAUUCCAACUCUGAAUCUGACUCUGGUAGUAGCAGUGACGACGACGACGAUGGCAAUAUUAAGAACGGAGGCAGGGCAAAUGGUAAGAAUGUGACCAUCAAGGCUCCAGAGUCCUCGCAGAGCAUGCAGCGGAGGCCCAUUCGUUUUGCUGGGGCCAGCUCGCUGACUACCAGCGCGAAGGCGCGGAGAAGGAAAUCAGCGCUGUUGAAUAUGUGAGCUGAAUAUCGAAUAAUUUAAUAAAUAUCAUUUGGGAUUAAAUCAAUUAUUUGACAACACAAAAAGUCAGAAUAUAACUA